GCUACUUACCCGCGCAGAGCUCCAUUUCUGUUUCAGUCUAUCGGUAUUUGAAAAUUCAAAAAAAAUAAAAAAAAAGGCCCCACGCAAAUACUGCUACUCUGCCUCUCACACCAGCAUGUUUUUCAUUUUUAGUUUCGACAUCGACUGCUCUAACUGCUCUCUCCUCUCUCCUUUUUGCAGACUUUAUUAAGGUCUUUUUCAAGCUCACUCUACUAUCUUUUGUUCACGAUCUGAGAAUAGAGAGUUUUUGAGGUUGCGAUUUUUGAAAAUUUUGCUGAAAAUAAUUAUGUAGGGCGUGAUUUUUGUGGAUCCUUCAUGUCUGCUUCUAUGUAUCCGGGAUUUCUGAUCUGGAUGUCUUCUACAUUACGUUUUCUUUUCUAAAAAUAAGAUAAAAAAUUGUUUGCUUUAUGUUUUCUGAAUUAAGUGAAAAUGGAGAAGUUUCAGCGAAGGAGGUCAAAGAUUACGAGCUUCACUGGUGAUCUACAUGUCUCAAGGGAACCUGUGUUCCGAGAAGGAAAAAGACAGCACCAGAAACAUAAAAAAUUUCCGAAAUUGGCCUCUGAUUCUAUUUCAUGCAGUAGUGAUGCAGAUGAUGAUUCAUUGACAUUUGAGGUGGGGAAGAUAUCUUCAAAACAAACCAGAAGACCAAUUAAGGAGUUGUUAGCAGGAGAGAUGUCAAGAGAAACACAAUCCAAGAGAAGAUCACCUAGUUUAAUUGAAAGAUUGAUGGGUCUUGAUGGUCUUCCACCUCAGCAAUCUGCUCAUAAACAACAGAAAAGGUCCACGGAGAUUCAUCAACAAAGGACGGCAUCAGUAGGAAGAGCUCAAAGGAGCGGGGCAUCUUCUGGUCACCUAUCUUUUAGGAAAAGCUCUAUGAAAGAACAAGAAUUCAAAGAUAUAUAUGAAGUUUUAGAUCCAUCGAAGAUGGAGAGCAGCAAUAACACAUUGCUGGAGACUUCAAAGACAAUGUUUACUUAGGCUGAGUUGGUUUUCAUAAAGCAGAAGUUCAUGGAUGCUAAGUUUCUUUCAACUGAUGAAAGACUUCAGGAUUUAAAGGAAUUCAAUGACGCACUUGAGGUGCUAGACAACAAGGAUCUUCUGCUGAAAUUUCUUCAGCAACUGGAUUCAUUGUUCACAAAGCAUAUGCAUGAUCUAGGUGCUCCUCCCCAGUCCCAUUGUGGUCAUAUGCCAGCAGUGACAUUAUCUAAUGCUCGGAAGUGUGAAAGAAGUGGCAUAACUGGGAAAGCAGAAGGAGAAAUUCCAUGGAAGAGUCAUUCUAAAUCUGCUCAGAAGCAUGUCAGUGUUAUUCAUGGUCACACUUACUGUAGAAAGGAUGCUCAGAGUUUCAUUAAGUCCCCAAAA